AUGGCCCACUGUCCGCCUAAACUUGAUGUGUUUCCACAGAUACUUGUCGAAGGAAUAGGCUUACAUUUUGUUAAAGCCGCCAUCAUCAUUGGAUAUGAUUUCCACGACCAACUUAACAACGACGCUUUUAUGAUUCACGAAUUGAAGGUGACAAUCGAGAAACAGCUACGAGCGGAUUUUGAAGUGCUACGUUCGAAUGUGAAGGCAGUGACCGCGAGGACUGUUAGUAGGCAGUUCAAUCGAUAG